CCCUCCUGGUUGUUUGGGACUCUGUGUGUCGGCCGGGUGGUAAUGCGCAAAGCGGGGCCUGCGCCGCGCGAGCGGAGGAGACAGAGUCGCUUGGGGAAGGGACCCGGGGCCGCGGCGCAGGCAUCGGCUGCGUUUUAGUCGCUGAGCGGUCGGCCGGCCUGUUGCCAGCGAAGGUGCUCGCGGGGGUUGUGCGGAGGUGUGCGCGCCCUGUCGGUGUGCGCGCCCUGCCGGUGGCGGCUGUGUCUCUUGGGAGAUGCUGUGACGGACCCGCGCGGGAGGAGCUCGCGCCUAGCCUCGCGCCCCCCUGGACUCGGCGGCCGCGGCGGCUCGGUCACCCGCCCUUCUCAGUGGAAGUAUGCGAGACCUAACAGCACAAGUGACUGUAACAGCACAAUUCCCAGAAGUGACUAUCCAAGCCCUUGGAGAAGAUGAAAUAACAUUAGAAUCUGUGCUUCGUGGAAAGUUUGCUGCAGGGAAAAAUGGACUUGCUUGCUUGGCUUGUGGUCCACAACUUGAGGUAGUAAACUCUCUAACAGGAGAGCGGUUGUCUGCAUAUAGAUUCAGUGGAGUGAAUGAACAGCCUCCUAUAGUCCUAGCUGUGAAAGAAUUCUCUUGGCAGAAGAGAACUGGAUUGUUAAUUGGAUUGGAAGAAGCAGAAGGGAGUGUUCUCUGUCUUUAUGACCUUGGUUUAUCAAGAGUGGUUAAAGCAGUUGUUCUUCCUGGAAGGGUAACAGCUAUUGAACCUAUAAUUAAUCAUGGAGGAGCCAGUGCAAGUACUCAGCAUUUACACCCAAGUCUACGAUGGCUUUUUGGUGUGGCAGCUGUGGUAACCGACGUUGGACAGAUCCUUCUUAUUGACCUGUGUUUGGAUGAGUUGUCAGGCAAUCAGAAUGAAGUAGAGGCAUCAGACCUUGAAGUUAUAACUGGUAUCCCAGCUGAAGUACCACACAUCAGAGAAAAUGUGAUGCGAGAGGGACGCCAUCUGUGUUUUCAAUUAGUAAGCCCAUCAGGAACAGCCGUUUCAACCCUUAGUUACAUAAACCGGACAAAUCAGCUUGCUGUUGGUUUUUCUGAUGGGUAUCUAGCACUUUGGAAUAUGAAAAGCAUGAAAAGAGAAUACUACACACAGUUGGAAGGUGGAAGAGUUCCUGUAUAUGCUGUCACUUUUCAAGAACCUGAGAAUGAUCCUCGUAAUUGCUGUUACUUGUGGGCUGUUCAGUCUACACAAGAUAGUGAAGGGGAUGUUUUGAGUUUGCAUCUGCUUCAGCUGGCCUUUGGUGACAGAAAGUGUUUGGCAUCAGGACAAAUUUUAUAUGAGGGGUUAGAGUACUGUGAAGAAAGAUAUACACUGGACCUCACAGGUGGCAUGUUUCCUUUGAGGGGCCAGACUGGUAAUACCAAACUUUUGGGAUGUCAAACUGUAGAGAAAUUUCGAUCUCAUGGUGACAGGGAGGAAGGCAUGAAUGAAGCUCUGUCUCCUGACACCAGUGUUUCAGUCUUUACCUGGCAGGUGAAUAUAUAUGGACAGGGAAAGCCUUCUAUAUAUUUGGGGCUUUUCGACAUAAAUCGUUGGUAUCAUGCACAAAUGCCAGAUUCGUUAAGAUCAGGAGAAUAUCUACAUAAUUGCUCUUAUUUUGCAUUGUGGUCACUGGAUUCUGUUGUAAGUAGGACUUCUUCACAUUACAUCUUGGAUAUAUUAGUACAUGAGAGAAGUUUAAGUCGAGGAGUUCCUCCUUCAUAUCCACCUCCUGAGCAGUUUUUUAACCCAAGUACUUACAACUUUGAUGCCACUUGUUUGUUAAACUCAGGAGUUGUUCAUAUAACUUGUAGUGGUUUUCAGAAGGAGACUUUGACUUUUUUAAAGAAAUCAGGACCAUCUCUCAAUGAAGUCAUUCCUGAUAGUUACAAUCGAUGUCUUGUGGCUGGCCUUCUCUCACCAAGACUUAUUGACAUUCAACCUUCCAGUUUAAGUCAGGAAGAACAGUUAGAAGCUAUAUUGUCAGCAGCAAUCCAGACAAGUUCUCUGGGACUUUUGACUGGAUGUAUCAAAAGGUGGAUAACAGAAGAACAACCAAAUUCUGCUGCUAAUUUGCGCUUUGUUCUUGAAUGGACAUGGAAUAAAGCGGUUCUCACAAAAGAGGAAUUUGACAGACUAUGUGCACCAUUAUUUGAUGGUUCGUGUCGUUUCAUCGAUCCACAAACUGUACAGUCUCUCCAGCAGUGCCAUUUACUUCUUAGCAACCUUAAUAUAGUCUUAAGCUGUUUUGCAGCUGAGGCCCAAGAGAUCACCGAGAGAGGUCUUAUGGAUUUAAGCAAUAAGUAUAUGGUUACCCAGCUCAUCUGUCAAUAUGCACAAGUGGUUCUUUGGUUCUCUCAUUCUGGGCUUUUACCAGAGGGCUUAGAUGAUGCUGUGCAGUUGUCAAGGUUAUGCUACAACUACCCUGUAAUUCAGAACUACUACACCAGUCGUCGACAGAAGUGUGAGCGUUCAUCAAGAGGGAAGUGGAACCCUGAUUGCUUGAUGAUUGAUGGAAUGGUUUCUCAGUUAGGAGAUCGAGUAGAGAAGUUGUGGAAACGGGAUGAAGGAGGCACAGGAAAAUAUCCUCCUACUAGUCUACAUGCAUUACUUGACAUAUACCUACUGGACAACGUUACCGAAGCAAGCAAGCAUUCUGUUACUAUUUAUUUGCUACUUGAUAUUAUGUAUUCCUUUCCAAACAAAACGGAUACUUCCAUUGAAUCAUUUCCAACUGCCUUUGCCAUUUCUUGGGGCCAGGUUAAACUUAUUCAAGGGUUUUGGCUGAUAGAUCAUAAUGACUAUGAGAGUGGUUUGGAUCUUCUGUUUCACCCAGCUACUGUAAAACCUGUGUCAUGGCAACAUUCAAAGAUUAUUGAAGCCUUCAUGAGUCAGGGCGAGCACAGACAAGCCCUCAGAUAUAUUCAAACAAUGAAGCCAACAGUGUCCAGUGGUAGUGAUGUUAUCCUACACCUCACCGUUUUGCUCUUUAAUAGGUGCAUGGUUGAAGCCUGGAGUUUACUGCGACAGCAUUCUAAUAGGUUGGAUAUAGAGGAGUUGCUCAAGCACACGUAUGAAGUCUGUCAGGAAGUGGGCCUAAUGGAGGAUUUACUGAAGCUGCCAUUCACAGACACUGAACAGGAGUGUUUGGUGAGAUUCUUACAGUCCAGUGCCAGUGUUCAGAAUCAUGAAUUCCUUUUAGUUCACCAUUUGCAGCGUGCCAAUUAUAUUCCUGCCUUGAAGCUGAACCAAACUCUGAAGAUAAAUCUUAUGAAUGAUCGUGAUCCUCGUUUGCGAGAGAGAUCAAUGGCUCGAAAUUCUAUAUUAGACCAAUAUGGGAAAAUUCUUCCUAGAGUUCAGCGAAAAUUAGCCACUGAGCGAGCUAAGCCUUACCAUCUGUCAGCAUCAUCAGUUCUUCGAGAAGUUUCUAGGCCAAAACCAUUAUCAGCAGUUCCAAAGCAAGCUGUAACAGGGACUGUGUUAACAAGAUCUACUUUCAUCAGUAAUGUGUUAUCUAAAAUUGGAGAGGUCUGGGCAAGUAAUGAACCUAAAAAUAGCGUCUCCGUCUACAAUAGUCCUAAAAUAGAGGAACCAUCUCCUAUAGUAUAUUCCCUCCCAGAUCCAGAGCUGCCUGAGGCAUUUGUUGGAACACCAAUUUCAAAAGCAUCACAAAAAAUUUCUAGGCUGCUGGAUUUGGUUGUUCAUCCUGUCCCCCAGCCUGCUCAGUGUUUGGGAUUUAUUCAGCAAAGCCCCACAAGAUCUCCUUUGUCCCUGGCAUCCACCUCAUUGCCAGUAAAUUCACAGUCAAACGGAUCACGUCACAAUGCUUCCAGGGCUUCAGAAUUACAUUUACUUGAAACUCCUCUUGUAGUUAAGAAAGCUAAGACUUUGGCUAUGUCAGUUACUUCCCCUGGAUUUGCCGAGUUCACUCCUCAAUCCAUCCUAAGGUCUGGUCUUCGAACAACACCUUUAGCGUCUCCCUCUUUGUCACCUGGAAGGUCUCUUACUCCUCCUUUACGACUUAAAGAAACUAGAAUUUCAUUCAUGGAAGAAGGCAUAACCACAAAAUGGACUGCUGGAGCUGCAGAUGACAGCAAAACAAAAGCAUUUAUUACUGCACCUUUCCAUAAAUGUGCAGUUCCAGCAGAAACUGAAUGGCUGAAGAAUAAAGAUAAGGCAACAUCUUUUCCCCUGAAUAGCCCUGAAAAGGACCAUCAAGAAAUGAAUGUGAGGUCACAGGAUACAACUUCACAAAGUUUGGAGAAACUGGAUGUGAGCAUAGAAAAUAGCAAUACUUCAACCAGAUCAGACCAGACUACCUUGGAGUAUCAGGAUGCUCCAUCACCAGGAGACUUUGAAUGUAUUUUCAUGGCCUCUAAGCCAGUGACACGCUCUUCCACUGAACAAAUUACUAAUUUAACUGAACAGACUGAGAACAGUGAUAAAGAUACAUUUGAAUCGGAAGUAACUCCUCCAGACCUGGAGAAACAAAUGGGCACUUUAGAAGAUGCAGAAACAAAGGAUCUCUCAGUUGCACAGGGGGCACUUCCAGAAUUAAAUAACUUAAGCCCCAUUCAAGGAGUUGAAGCUUCUUUUUGUGUACCAUCAGUCUGUGAAGGGAAAAUCCUCACCCCGAAGUCCAAAGUACCUGUUUUAGACGAAGGACUAGUAUCUGUUGAAACCUGUACCUCUACAAUUAGAGCAGGUAACAAUAAAUCUAUGGCUGAUGUUCUUGGUGAUAGUGGAAGCUCUGGGCUUGUUACCUCUGAAGGCCCUGUUAUCUCUGAACAUAGGCUUGACCAGGAAACAGCACUGAACUUAAAAGAAGAUCAUGAAAUAGAAGUUGAUGUACUAAAAGCAAGUGUUGACUUACCAGAAGAAAAGCCUCCAGUUUCUGAUGAUUCUCCUGAUACUCAAGAAAUUCAUGUAAUUGAACAUGAAAAGCUUGAAGUUCAAGAUUCAGGACAAGAGGCUAGGAAUCUUUCAUUUAAUGAGUUGUAUCCCUCAGGAACUCUUAAGCUUCGAUACAAUUUUGAUACCAUUGAGCAACAGUUUUGUGACUUACCUGAUAACAAAGACUCUGCUGAGUGUGACAUUGCUGAAGUAGAUGGGGAACUUUUUGUGCCACAGAGCAACUUUACCUUGAUUUUGGAAGGUGAAGAAGGAGAAGUAGAGACAGGUGAUUCUGCAGCAUCUAAUGUGCUAGCUAAAGCAGCUAAUGCAGCCACUGAGGAAAAACAUGUAUACAGUGGGGAAAAUGAUAAUCACGGACAUGUUGCAAAUUUGCCAUCUGUCAUAACUAGUGAUCAGGAGUCCCAAAGGGUAGAGACAUUACCAUAUGUGCCUGAACCAAUUAAAGUAGCAAUCGCAGAAAAUUUAUUAGAUGUAAUUAAAGACACAAGAAGUAAAGAAAUUACUUCAGAUACAAUGGAACAGUCCAUUCAAGAAAACAUACCUUUAAUAAGCCAAAAGGUAAUGUGUUCCACCAAGUUAGCCAAAUCUACAUUUAAGACUGUUCAGGAAACAAGUACGGUGACUAUAAGUGUCAGCGAGGUUAAUGACAUGAUUUCCUCCAGAACUCGCAACAGAGGACGUGUCCAAAACCUGAAUGUCAAAUCGGCACAACAGGAAGAGUCAGCAGAUGUUGCUACUCCUGAGAUGCUGGGACUUUCAGUUACGAAGAGAACUAGGAAAACAAAAGAAAUUUCGGGGGCUUUUGAAAGUGUCUGUUCUGAUGAUAAAGGAAUAUCUCAUAACCAGCAAAUACCUCAAAAUUCUAUUACUCCUAGGAGAGGAAGGAGAAAAAAAGAAAUUAAUCAAGACAUUUUAGAAAAUAUUAAUUCUGUGGAACAAGAAUUACAGGUUACUCCAGGUAGGGAAUUAAGAAGGUUAAAAUCAUCUCAGCUGUUGGAACCAGCAACUGAAGAAACUUCUCUUAGAAAAGAAGUUAAGCUUUCAUCUGUUACAAAAAGGACUCCUAAACGAAUUAAAAAAUCUGUCGAAAAUCAGGAAAGUGUUGAAGUUAUAAAUGAUCUGAAAAUCAGUAAAGUAGCAAGUCCUAGCAGAAGUACCAGGAAAUUGAGAAGUGCUAACUUGGAAACUUCUAAAAAUACAGGAUAUAAACAAGAUGGGGAGUCCAUCGAAGAGCAACUGCCUAUUCAACAUAGUAAAAGGGUUAAAAAGAAAGAAGUUAGUGCAUCAGAUGUAACAGAAGAUUCCAAACUUGGUUCAUCCCAGUUGACUCUUCAAGCAGAAUUUGAUACUCCUGCUACACCUAGGAAACGUGGUAGACCAAGAAAAAUUAAUCCAUCUGAAGAUGUAGAAUCUAAGGCUGUUAAGGAAGCAAGAAGUCUCAAGAAGAGAGAAGGACUCAGCAUCCAAAGGAGAUCUACAAGAAACACCCCAGCUAAAAGUGAAAAUACUGAUGUUGGAAAACCAGCUUUAGAAAAAUCAGUUUUAGUGCCAAAUGAGGAACUUGUUACAGCAAUGAGCUCUAAGAAGAAGCUUACAAAAAGGACUGAAAACCAAAGCCAAAAACGUUUAUUACGCUCAAUAUCAGAAAAAUGCAUAGAUGAAGAAAUGACAGACAAAGAACCGAAUGACCAAGAAGAAAAAUUGCUUGCCACAGUUGCUUUGACUAAAUCUUCCCGUAGCACAAGGACUAGAUCUAGCAAGGCCAUCUUGUUGCCGGACCUUUCUGAACCAAAAAAUGAGUCUUUUUUAUUUUCUCCUCCUGUGUCAAAGGUUCCAAGGAAAGAGAAAGCUAAAAAAAUAGAGGCUCCUGUGCAGCUGCAAGAAUUAGUUUCGGAUUUACCUUCUCAAUUUGUCUUCUCACCUCCUACUUUAAGGACCAGGCGGAAAAACACAUCUAAUACAUCCAAACUUGUAGAUGAACUGGAAGAUGAUGCUCAAUCAAUUGAAACUGUGGGAAAGCAACAAGUGAAAAGAACCAGGACUGCAAAAACAAAACAAGCAAGCAAAAACACAGAAAAAGAAAGUUGGUCACCUCCUCCAGUAGAAAUUAAGCUGAUUUCCCCCUUGGCAAGCCCAAUUGAUGGAGUAAAGAGCAAACCGAGAAAGACUGUAGAAGUAACAGGAAAAAGUCUUGGAAGGAGCAGGAAGAAAUUGUCUUCUUUUCCAAAGCAAGUUCUACGCAGAAAAAUGCUGUAAUUUUUUUCCAGUUUUUAAUGUACACCUAUUUGUAAAGUCAUCAGAAUUGUGUGGAUUAUUAAAAAUCAUCUAAUUUGGAAGAAAAUAAUUUAUAUAAAUUAUUGUAAAUUUUUGUAAACAGAAUGUCUUCAACAAGUAAAGUAACUCCAUAUGGAGUGUGAUUCUUUUAGUCCAGGCAGUUUUUUCUAUUUUAUAUUAAGACUUCAUACAUUUAUAUAAUAUGUAAAUAUGGCUUAUUAUUGGAAUGUUAAAUAAAGUGUAUACUUCACAGUAGUCUGUGUGUCUGUUAGAUUUUUGAGAGGGGAUUUCUGUUUUAAUAAUGAUUUUAUAUGCUAGUAGGUAUUGGUUCCAUUUUCUUUCUCUGUGGUUAAAAGUAUUAGACCAAUUUUAAAAUGAAGAUGAUUGAACUGUUUUUUUUAAGUUGCUGUUUUAUAAUGUAUGCACUUUGCUUCUGUGAUUAAGAUUUCUAAGCAUAAAUUGGGAAGGCUGUUACUGUGUUGAAAUUGAAUUAUGGGCAUGUAAUUUUGCCACUUUUUUGUAGUUUAACAUAUUUUGUGCAUUCUACCUCAAAUUAGUAAUUUUCCAAGUAAUGCAUUGGUUAAAUAUAAUGUUGGCAUUUCUUGUUCAGCAAGCUUAAAGGCUGUUAUCCUUAAAGUCUCUUAAUUAUUCAGAGACUGAUUAUCCAGGUUAGACUGACCGGUUCACUGCUCACUAGCAACUUCUUAAAAGGGUUUGAGUAGUCAGAAAGGAAAUGUAAAAUACAUCUGUUUCGUGGCUAUUCAGUGCACCUUGUGUGUGCCCGAUAUUCACAGAAUGAGAAGUCUGAUCAAAUUUUAUAAAUAUUCUUGCUGUGAAGGAGCUUGCUACUGAAUCGCAGAAAUCCCUUAAUAUUCAGGUUUUUAAAUGACAAAUUCUCAUAGGACCUCAGGCACAGAAUAUUGAGGAUGGGUAAAGAGUGUGAGUAAAUGUGGAAAAAGGAAAAGAAACACCACUGUUCUCUGCAAUGUGACUGUGUGCAAUUAAGUGGUGAUACUUGACGUGGGCUAUAAAAUUCAUCGAUAAAUAAGUAUUGUAAAAUUAUAACAGGUAAUUGAUAGUGUGUAAUGAAUGCUCCAUUAAUAAUUGAUUGUCUAGAAACAGACUGCUUCUGUUGGCUAAGCUUUCAGUGUUUCAGUGUGAAGCAUAAGCAGUGUACUUUCUACAUUAUUUUUCUACCAAAUAACAAUACGAAUAAUGGGAAAAUGAUGAAAAUGCCUAUGCCAAGUAUUGACAGUGUGAAAGUGGCAGUACGAGUGCGGCCUUUUAGUCAGGUUAGUGAUAAAUGUUACAUUGCCUUGUUGAAAGUUUGACUAUGACUUUCACUUUAUUAAUUUUUUUAAUAAUAAUUAUCAAACUUGUAUUUAAGCUGCUUGUCAUUUACCGAAUAUUAAAUUUAUUUAAAUUAACUUGUUAAAUGGGUAAUUUAAAGAUCUAAACAUAAUUCAGAAAACACUUCAUUUCAUUCGUUUGAGCAAAUAGCACAAUAAAAAAAUUGACAAGAAAAACGUAUUGUCAAGUUAAUAAUUUUUUAAAUCAGUGCAGUUUGGUGAAUAUAGACAUGUGCUAUGUAUUUUUAAUAAUGUACUUUUUGCCCCUCAGAAACAAUAGAUCAUAAGCAAACAAAUUGCCAGUUCUGAAUGAACUCUGCAUUUUACAUGCUUUUAUGUAUAAUUGUAUUUAUAUAACUUUACAGAAACGCCAGUCGUUAAACAACUUAUGGAUUAUACUCAUUCUGGGACCUUUAGCAAUUGGCCUAUCUUUGAUUUUCAGUGGAGUAGUUGAAUCUUAAGAUAACUGUUAACAAUUGACCCCUUCAGCAGAGUUUUGAUUGUUCAUUGUGGCUCAAACGCUGAACUAGAAACUGAGGAUACCGUGUACCGUCUAUGUAUGUUAAUAAUUUAUAGCAGUAUGUACCAUGGUAAGGUAAACCAUCUUGGCACCCAGAGAAAGAUCAGGUAUAGUUCAUUCUGCCUGCACAGAACUUGAAGACUUCUGGAGCUAGAAGCAUUUGUGAUGACCAUAAAGGAUAAGUAAGAUUUGGAUAAGAGUAUGCUAGAACGGCAUGCAAAGGUCUAUUUGACAGUAAUUAAUUCUGAGUGGGAUACAGUGUAAUGAUGACCUCAUAUUACAUCUUUUUUCCCUCUUGUACAAUUUGCCGCUUUUUCUUUCUUGUCCAUUAAAACAAAAUACUGCUUUGCACAUUUUCAGUUGGUAUCAGUUCUGUCCUGUCCCUUGACAUUCCUCUAUAUUGCAGAAAAUAUUUUAGCAAUCAGGCAGAUACAUGAUUAGAUAACUUUAUAUGUAUAACUAGACAACUUC